AUGCGAGGAGGAAGAGGAGGCAGAGUCCCCAACUCCCGGAGCGUUGCCCCCACGCCGGCGAGGAAGGGCUACGCCGCCGCUGCUUCCCGACGGGAAUCCGACGUCAGUCUCUGCAGCAAUCGCCCGUCAUCUGUCUCUCUCUCCCACGCCAUCCCAUGUCCGCCCAUCUCCGAUCGGUCCUACCAGUCGGCUGCCCUGCGAUCCGUCAACGCGUACCUUUCCUCUCUCUCCACCGCCACCCUAAGGCCACCCCUCCCCUCCGCCCGCGACAUCACCAAGGCUUUCGAUGACGUGCUUUCUCGUCUGGAUUGGCCCAUGCCGGUGGGCGUCGCCUCCACUCUCGAGGACGAUCUCCCCUCGAUACUUUCGAAUCUCCGCUGCCCCGUCAAGCUCAGCAAGUCCGCGCUUAAAGCCCCGGGAACACCUCACUCGUGGCCUCCGCUCCUUGCAGCAUUACACUGGCUCGUUCAGCUAGCCCGCUUCCGCGAUUACCGCUCAUCUUCUCAGUCCUUCGCAGAGGGAAACAAUGUCCUGCAGUACCACUUCCAAAGCUUCGCUCUGUUUAUGGAAGGUGACGAUGAAGCCGUCAAAGCCCUUGACCAGGAGCAGUUUCGGCAAACCGAGGAACACGUUGCAAAGCUCAUGGCUACAGUGGAAUCGCUGGAAAAGGAAGCAUCGGAUCUUGAGAAGAGAGCUGAGGCCAUCCGAUCGGGACCAUCGCCGAGAGAGACAACCGAGAAGGAGAGGGCUUUGCUCAAAGAUGAUAUCAAGAAGUUUGAUGUUAUGAUCGAGAGUUGGAAGGAGAAGCUUCUCUCUGCGGAGAAACUCCUGGGAGAGAAAGAGGAGGGUUUGGAUGCGAAGAUAAGAGAGAAUCAGCGGAUUUCUGAGGAAAAUGAGGAGCUGAGGAAGAGAAUCGGAUCUCAGGUGAUGAAUGUGAGGGAUGCAGAGAGGACGAAGAAAGAGCUACAGGCCAUGGAGAGAGACGUGGCAGAGGCAGAGAUAGGGAGGAAUGUUUUAGAAGAGAAAUCAUGGGAGCUGGAGGCAGACAUCGAUCGCAAACUAAAGGAACUGGAGUCUCUCGUGGAGCAAGCCAAUCAUACCAUUAAAAAGUAGUGCUCUGCCUAUCUUUCGUCCUUCAUGAAAUCUCAGACAAGCGUAUUCUAAUCUGCAAUAUUGGAGCUCAGCCUUCAGAAGUUCAUUAUGGGCAGAUGUUUAAUUUCUUAUUUUAGCUAGAUUGCGUGAUCUAUUAUUUUUUAAUGGUGGUUUUCCUCAUCAUGAUAACUUGUUGGUAUUUUUUCUGCUUCAUCUCUUUAUUUGGGUUAAUGGGCAUAUCUUUUAGCUGGGAAGAAAAAGGGACCCCGUCAUCUGCUCAUGUUACCGUAACACUUCCAUAUUCAGGUCACCUUGUAAAAUAUUUGUUUUCGUGUACUUAGGCUUGAUGAAACUGCUUCAUAUUGAGGGUAUGCGCAAACAUUGCAUUAAUUUUUAAACUGUGGUAUGUUAUUUUUUUAUUUUUUUUUGGUGUGAUAUACACAUAAUGGAGCUUUUAGUCAUUAGAAUUGCCAGAUUUUUUUUUUGCUUCUUGAGUUAUUUGGAAUUUACUGGCAGAAGAGGAACACUUGUUGUUUGUGACAGUUAACAGACCUAAAUGAUAUGGGCAUUUUUAGUAGAGCCAACUGCAAGCUCCUUGCGUAUCUGGAAGACCCUUAUAUGAUCAUAAUCAUGGAAGAUCUAGGAGUUGAACUCCAGGAAAAGUUACAUUACUUGGUUAGAUGAUCAACCUAAUAUCAACGUUGUGGUAUCCCUGCCAAAUACUCGAGCCCAGAGAGUGAUAAUAGGCGGUGGUCUUUCACUGACUGCAAACUCCAAUUGUGGUCAGCUUCAGGAAUUGGCCUCAGAUGUUGAGGUUCAUUUAUAGCUAAAGACAUGAAUAAAUUUUAUUUAUUUGCGAAUCAUAUUGAUUAACGUGGGACAAUGUGUUUGAUGCCUGCCAAAUUGGGUUAUUAUUUUUCGUGGAAAGAGCUGGAAUGAUAUUAUUCAACUGGAUAGGGCUUUACUGGAACUAUCUCGGAGCAAUGGAUUCAUAUCCGCUUAUGUAUCUGUGUAUUUUUGCCUUGAUGUUUCUACUAAGAUAUCAUCAUAUCGUUUUAUGGUGAAAAUAAAUUGUCCAAUUUUAGGUCUUUUGGAGAAGCUUCGUCAAUAAAGAGAACGAACACGCCAAUUAUGAUGAAGAUCUUCACAGAUAUUGCCUCAAUAUUAAAGAGAGUAAGAACAAAUGAAUGGCAUUUGGCGAAAUGAGAAGAGCACAGGGAUAACAGAGUUAGUUGUAGAAACCCAACAAACAUGGAUGUACCUAAGCAAAAUGACCAUCCCCUGACAGUCAUAAAAAACAUGAAGUUUAACUCGUGUAGGCAUUCUUUUCUCUAGAAAAUAAUUACGAACCUGAUUGAGUUCCAUCAUGCACGUAUUUACCUCCAUCAGUUGUCCUGGUCCUUCCAUUUAGAAUAAUCAAAGUGUAUAUUAUGAAUUUUUCAAUAGCUUCAUGCGUAUUGCUCAGGAGCUUCAUUAUUUUGGAUGGGUGGCUCACUAUGCUGAUAUAAUCACCAGGUUGAAGCUUGGAUGUGAUUUUCAAUAUGUGCUAAAGGCCGAAGGAUCUUCUGCUGCUGAGGUACUGGGCGAGGACUACAAAACAGUGCUAAAGCCUUUCCUAAAUGAAGCUGCUGAUGAGACGAAGAAAAGCUCUGUGGCGAAAUUGGAGGAAAAAAUUUAUCUCCAACAACAAUCCCGUGAAAAGUCUAUUCUGCUGGAUGAAAGGAAAGAACUCCUCUCUAUCCUUCAAAAGAAAAUUGACGAGGUAUGUCACGUAACCAGAAUGAAAAAUUUAAUUUCUGGUACGCAAACCCUUGCAACGUCAAGAAUGACAUCGAGAUCCUUGGAAACAUUUAAGGAAAUUAGCAAGUAUCAUUGCCACAUUGUGUUCAGUAGAAAGGCAACACAAAUUACAUUGAGCCUUAAAUGCUGAUGGAGAGGAAGGGUUUGAAUCUAUGAUUAAACUUUGGGAGGGAGUUCGCCGGUGUUACUCCUCCAUUUCUUGUUGUUAGAAUGGCCCACAGGAAGAGACUUUCCAAUCUCUGUUUCUUCUCCAUGUAGGGAAUGAUCUACAGCGUGCAGUUUUCAUCCUUUUGCCUUAUUUUUUAUUGUCUGGAUUGCGUGGUGGUUUGCUGAGUCUUGACUGCGUCCAUUUUCUUGUAUCUUGGAGACCCUAACAAAAAUUUCCUGUUAAACGAAAGCAUGGACUAUGAGUGCAUUUGUUGGGAUAUAGUUAAUUGAUCUUGCUCUAUUUCCCCUGGAAACUAAAAUCUGUGCGGAGAAAAGAAAAGCUGACUGCAUAUUUUUUCUGGUAAAGUUUUUCCCUUGAUACCACGCUAGCAACUUGUUGUUGCAGGCUGAAGCCCGAUCAAUCUUGUUAAAGAGGGAAGUCGACGAUCACACAUCGAGAUGCUCUGCGGAAGCUGAAAGGAUGAUGAAGGAUAGAGAGAGCAGAGAGCAUCAGCUACUCAUAAUGGAAGAGGAGGCAGAGAAUUUCCUGAAGGUGAUCUUGUCAACGCAUCGGUUUCUGUUUUUCUUGUAUGCUCUUUCAAUAUAGUCAGGUGCCAGCAAGAUUAUUUCAAUGAGCCCACGGGACCUCUUGCAGGACUCUGAGCUAAAAUUACAGAAAUCCAUAAGAGAGAGCGACGAAGAGAUCCAGAUGUGUGCCAGUGAACUGGUGGCCUUGAUCGAUGCGGUCUCAGAGUACAAAGAAUGUAUGGAGUCUUUGGUGGGGGAGAUACAGGCCGAUCUCUCUGAAACCACCCAGGCUAUUGUCGAUGCUCACAAGGCCUUCUUGUCAGCAAGGCUCAUGUCGGCCGGCCAAAGUGCGAGCCUCUGUGGGUCUAAACGUGCCCACGCCCUUCUAACAAGCUGA